AUGAUGGUGAUGGUAUUAAUAACUGGUGAUGAUGAUGGUGGUAAAAAUGAUGGUGACGGUAUUACUGGUGAUGAUGGUGAUUAUGAUGAUGGUGAUAAAAAUGAUUGUAAUGGUAGUGAUGAGUUGAUGGUUAUAAAGUUAAUGGUGAUGGUAUUACUGGUGAUGAUGAUGGUGAUAAAAAUGAUGGUGAUGGUAUUAGUGGUGAUGAUGGUGAUUAUGAUGAUGGUGAUAAAAAUGAUUGUAAUAGUGGUGAUGAGGUUGAUGGUUAUAAAGAUGAUGGUAUUACUGGUGAUGAUGAUGGUGAUAAAAAUUAUGGUGAUGGUAUUAGUGGUGAUGAUGGUGAUCAUGAUGAUGGUGAUGAUAAAGAUGAUUGUAAUGGUGGUAAUGAGGUUGAUGGUUAUAAAGAUGAUGGUGAUGGUAUUAGUGGUGAUGAUGAUGGUGAUGAUGGUGAUGAUAAAGAUGAUUGUAAUGGUGGUAAUGAGGUUGAUGGUUAUAAAGAUGAUGGUGAUGGUAUUAGUGGUGAUGAUGAUGGUGAUGAUGGUGAUGAUAAAGAUGAUUGUAAUGGUGGUAAUGAGGUUGAUGGUUAUAAAGAUGAUGGUGAUGGUAUUAGUGGUGAUGAUGAUGGUGAUGAUGGUGAUGAUAAAGAUGAUUGUAAUGGUGGUAAUGAGGUUGAUGGUUAUAAAGAUGAUGGUGAUGGUAUUAGUGGUGAUGAUGAUGGUGAUGAUGGUGAUGAUAAAGAUGAUUGUAAUGGUGGUAAUGAGGUUGAUGGUUAUAAAGAUGAUGGUGAUGGUAUUAGUGGUGAUGAUGAUGGUGAUGAUGGUGAUGAUAAAGAUGAUUGUAAUGGUGGUAAUGAGGUUGAUGGUUAUAAAGAUGAUGGUGAUGGUAUUAGUGGUGAUGAUGAUGGUGAUGAUGGUGAUGAUAAAGAUGAUUGUAAUGGUGGUAAUGAGGUUGAUGGUUAUAAAGAUGAUGGUGAUGGUAUUAGUGGUGAUGAUGAUGGUGAUGAUGGUGAUGAUGAUGGUGGUAAAGAUGAUUGUAAUGGUGGUGAUGAGGUUGAUGGCGAUAAAGAUUAUGGUGAUGGUAAUGAUGUACACCAUGGUUUGCAAUUAAGAAUGAACAGUUAAAAAACAUUGUCUAUUGUCACAUGAAACUUGAUUUUUGCUAGACAUUUUUGGUGUACAGAACUUGAUUAUUCAAUAUGUCUACCCAACGUACACCUCCGUCCACUGAUCUAUAUAAAUCGUAAUCGACGACUGGGUACGAGUCAGUACCUGUCUGACUUUGGACAUAGUAGUUGAUAUUAUGUUAAAAGGAACUUAAUUUCUAUUAGUUUCUGUUGAAGCAAGAACCUUCACAUCCAGUUUCAACAACUGUAACUUAAACAGUGGCUCCACUGCGCGCCUAUUUCUUCAAGUGCAUCGUAUUUUUUUCUAGGUUUUUGCUGAACAGGGAAAUGUACCGAACAUUAUUAUUGCAGUAAGUCUACCAUCUGCAGUUUUUAACAUACAGUACUAAUAAUGCAACCCCAUUUCCAGAUGACUACUUACUACCCUUCACUAUCUGCAUGUUAUGCUACAACAUAAAUUUUAUGUAGGGGCCACCAGGUUCAGGAAAGACAACCAGUAUUCUAUGUCUAGCUAUGGCAUUACUUGGUGGUUCUAUUAAAGAGGCAGUUUUAGAACUGAAUGCAUCAAAUGAUAGGUAUGCAAGAGAAAAAGUAUAUCAAAAUCUACAUAUCAUAUGACCACACUAAACCAUAUCGCAUACCAUAGCAUAUCACACUAAACCAUACAUAGUUUUAGCAAUACCAGUAAAUUUAAGGUCAUGCCAAUAAAGCAAUUAUAUACCAUACCAUACCAUACUGUAUCAUGCUAUACAGUUAUUACAGUAUUGUACCAUACCAUUCCUUAACAUGCCAUACCAUGCCAUAGUGUGCCACACAGUACCAUGCUAUGCUAGUGUGCCUACCAAAACUAAUACCAUACCAUACAGAUACCAUACCAUACUAUACCAUACUAUACAGACAGACAGCUACCAUACCAUAUAGUACAGUACCAUACCAUAUAGCAUAGUACCAUACCAUACCUAAUCAUGCUACACAGUACCAUACCAUACAAUACCAUACCAUACAGUACCAUACCAUACCAUACCAUAAUUGAUAGGUAUAAAAUAAUGAUAGGUAUAACUUGCGAAGUAAUGAUAACAAAUAAUGAUAGGUAUAACUUGCGAAGUAAUGAUAACAACUAUACACUUGAAAAGCCGGAAACAAACUUUAUGAAAAGAGCUUUAGUUACUCUGCUGCAUCACUUUGGAACAGCCUGCCCACUGCAGCUAAAGAAAAAGGCAUUGGCUUAAACAAAUUUAAAUGUAUUCUUGACGGUACAUGAUUUCAGUACUAUACAUAUACUUGUUUGUAAAUAUUUUUAUCUAAGCUUUAAUAUGUGUGUAAUAUUAUAUUAGGAAAUUUUAUUAGUGUGAUGCAUGUAAACGGCCCCUUGAAAAGCAGGUGUAUAUAUGAGCCCUGAAGGGUUACCGUUAUAAAAUAUUUUUAAAUAAUAAUAAUAAAAAAACCAUACCAUACCUUCCCAUGCCAUGCCAUGCCACCACAUAUUGUAUUAUACCAUAUCAUACAUACUACAUAGCAUACCAUACAGUACCAUAUCAUAUACCAUGCAAUUGACAUUACAAAUAAUAAUGCACUUUUGCAGAGAUUACAUACCACACCAUACCAUACUAAUAUACCAUACCAUACCAAACCAUACCAUACCAUACUAAUGCCACAUCAUAUGUACCAUGCAUUACCAGCAUUCCAUUAUAGUGAUCAAAGAACUUCUCUUGCAGAGGAAUUGAUGUUGUGAGAAACAGAAUCAAGAUGUUUGCACAGAAGAAAGUUACCUUACCCAAAGGAAGACAUAAAAUAAUUAUUCUUGACGAAGCAGAUAGGUUGGUUUUUGUGUGUACAACUUCUGUAAAACAUCGUAACGUUGUAAAACUAAAACUUAUAUUGUGUACUUAUAACUUUGAACUUAUAUUAGUGUACAUGUACUGUAUGAACACAUUAUCUAUUUAGUAUGACAGAUGGAGCACAACAAGCCUUAAGAAGAACGAUGGAAGUGUUUUCAAAAACAACGCGAUUUGCGUUAGCAUGUAAUAUAUCGGACAAAAUAAUUGGUAUGUUCAAUCAUAGAUACUGUAUCUUAUAUACACUAGAUAGUGCAUCUAAUUAUUCUGCAAUUCAAAAAUUGAAGCCGUGAUUGCAAACUCAGGAUAUUCCCAUGAAAUGAGAAGACUCGUAUGUUUUCUAUUUCUUAAACAGGGAACUUAAACAUUAAGUUAAACAAAUUCCAAAUACAUUUUCAAACUAUUCAAAUGAUGAAAGUUAUUGUUGUUUUUUAAGCGUUUAUUAGCGAGUGGGAAACUCCAACAUGGCCGCCAUCUAUUCAAAUGGGGGUAACCGCUGGAAUAUUAUUGGCUUCAAUUUUACUAAAAGAGAUGCGCUAUCUAGUGUAUAUAAGAUAUAUAUGUGUUCAAUGCCAUCAAAUAAUUCAAAUUUUUAACAAAGUUAGAAUAAAGUCAGACACACCAAACAGGUACAACACUGGGCAGAUUAGGUACAACACUGGGAAAAAUAGUGAAAUCCAUACUGUAGAAUUUGGGAUUGCAUCACUUAGAAUCCAUAGUACUGUAUAUCCACAAAGGAAUACCGAGUGGUUUUUCGUGCAGGAUUGCGCGAUCCAUGCACGAGGGAUGUCGCGAGACUUUCGGAAAGCGUAAAAAUACUCGAGCCGCAGGCGAGUGUAUUUUUACGCUUUCCGAAAGUCGAGCAACAUCCCAAGUGCAUGGAUCACGCUAUCCUGCUUGGAAAACCAUUUGGUAAUUGUUUUAUAAAAUAACUACAUUGAAACAAUGACAUUUUGAGAAUCCCGCGAAAAUCCCGCGAAGGCAUAAGAUUUUAAUCCUCGUGCAGGAUAGCCUGAUCCUGCACGGCUAUUGACCAAUCAAAUUGCGUGUUUCACUGUAGUUAUUAUAUUAUAAUAUUUCUGUAAUAUAUCUAUGGUAUGGAAAUUACAAUUAUUAUGAAAAUUGGAUUUCCAUAAUAUUUUCAAUUAAGAUCAGUACUAUUUCCCGUAGCAAGGAUUUUGAAUUUACCAUUGCGCAAAAAAAAAAAUAUGUGGGUUUCCGGUUUCCCGACCCUACCUAGCUUUUGGACGUCGAAAUCCCGACCCUAAACUUUUUUAUUGGAUCAUGGUUGUAAGUGUUUCCACUUAGAGAAAAAAGUUUGUGGAAAAUUGAAAUUUGAGGCAAUAUUAGGGAAAUUUAUCUUUGGAUGUGGAAGCACUGACUAAACAAAAUGGCGUCCGCUUGUUCGGAAAUUUAAAAAAAAGUUAAAAAAAAAAGUUAAAACCGACCUACCCUACCUAAGUUUUUAUAAGAAGAAACCGGAAACUCACAUAUUUUUUUUUGGCCUUGAUAGUAUUUUUUUUAAAUAUUUUCCUAUGACAACCACCUUUGUAUUUUUCAGAGGCUAUCCAGUCACGUUGUGCUAUACUGCGGUACACAAAACUAAGUGAUGCACAGAUAUUAAGCAGACUAAUGGAAAUUUGCGAUAAAGAAAAGGUUGAACUCUUCAUCUCUUUUUUCAGUUCCGUGCAUGAUAUAUUUACUUCUAUCAGGCAGGGUCUUAGCUAGGAUUUUAGAUUUUGUGAUUGUCAAUGGACUGAUUCCCCAAUUAACCAAAAUUUAGAUCUCAACAAGUCUAGACAAAAUUUCAUCAUAGCACGAAAGAGCAUCACAAAAUUAGUAAUAUUCCAAAGUUUCGUUGCGAAAUGUUGUAAAAUGCGGAUAAUAUAGCCUUGCGAAGUUUGUAAAUUUCAGUCAUUUUGUAUUACGCACAGAAGUGGUAACCAUUUCCCGUUUGUAAUACAAAAUGACUGAAAAUUGCAAACUUCGCAAGGCUAUAUUUUCCGCAUUUUACAACAUUUCGCAACGAAACUUUGGAAUAUUAGUAAUUUUGUGAUGCUCUUUCAUGCUAUGAUGGAAUUUUAUCUAGACUUGUUGAGAUCAAAAUUUUGGUUAAUUGGGGAAUGGUCCAUUAUAAAGCGAGGAUACGCUUAUAUUUCACACGGACAUUACAGUCGGUUAUUUUGGCAACUCUUUAAGGUGAUUCAUCGGUAAUUGUUCUGGAAAUGAAACUUCCCAGGUUGCUGAAACUUCCCAGGGGUGAAGUUUAUGAUAUGCUCAUAAUAAAAACAGGAAAAAAAGUUGGGGUCACCGAACUCGUUUCGAAGAUAUGACGCCACCUUUUCCCCCAUAUGGGAAACAUUCGCAAUUGCUCAACUGUUAUUUAAUUUUUUAACAAGGAUCCUACUAAAAAUGUCUCCCUUGUUAAAAAAAAAUUCAACAACGUUUGAGCAAUUACUGAUUAAAAGACUGUUUUUGCGACGCGCAUCCCCAAAACAAAAAUUACAGUACAUUCCACAGUGAAUAUCGCGAUUUUCGAAAGCUUAUUAUUCGAAGGGUAUUCAUGUAAACGUCUUCAAACUUUGUAUACUUACUAAUUUUGAGGUUGUCUUUUUAGUGAUUUGGUUCAGUUCUUAAUUUGGACACUUUUUAACACUCGUCCCUAGUCCUCUCAUCAUCUUCGGAAUGGCUCAUUAAUACUGAUGAAUCACCUUAAUUCGCUUGCGCAGGUGUGCAGUCUCCAUGCAAGUGCCCUCUAGUUCUUAAUAAUGUAUGUUUGGAUUUCCAGGUAUUAAAAACAGACGACGGACUGGAAGCUAUCACUUUCACUGCUCAAGGAGACAUGCGACAG